GGUUACUAUAGAAAUGUACUUUAGAUGUCAUGACUGCUAAACAAAAUAUGGUUAGUGGCGUGAUGGCGUUGUUAUAGUGCGCACUGAAUUUUGAUGUGUGUACUUGAUAAUACAUCGCGACGUGGGGAACUUUAUUUUCGAUUUGACAUUUCAGUGGUUUUGUUGUUGUGAAAUUUUGUUUCAAACGCGUUCCAAGGAUUUGUAUUUACCUUUUUGGAAGUACCAAGCAAGGAUAUUCAUCGAACAGUGUAAAUCCAAGAAAAUCAAUUGAAAAACAAAGCUGUCAAUUUCGUCUUGUGCGCGUGUGUUAAUUCUAAUCAAAAUGCAAAACGUGCACGUUCAAGAACCGCCGUCGAGCGUUCGUCGCGUAAACGACAAAUCGGUAGAAGUGAGUCCAUCUAGUGGCGAUAUAAUGAAAUUGCGAGUAUCGCAACUCCGCGAUACGCAAUGUCGGGUUCCGAGAGUGACUUCGGAUCGUAGAAAUGUUCUUCUUGGACCUACUAACGGUGAAAGACUCUUACAGAAUUCGAUUAUCGAAGAUAAAUAUCAAUUAUUUGAACAAGUUGAAGGUAGCUCGCUUUAUCGUUGCGUGGACAUCAAUACUAAGGAAGAGCUAGUAUGUAAGAUUGUAUCGAGAGAAAAUCAUUCUUUAGUAUCGGCCCAUUACAAAUUAGAUUUUCAUCCGAGGAUUUCUUCGAUCCAUGAAUUGAUUGCUAGGAAUCGUUAUUUAUACCUGGUGUUUCCUAAGGCUCACGGCGAUCUACAUUCCUACGUAAGAACGAGGAAACGUCUACGAGAAUCCGAAGCUAGAAGGUUAUUCAAGCAAAUCGCGGAAACCGUUCAAGUUUGUCACGAAAACGGAAUUGUUCUUAGGGAUUUGAAGCUGAGGAAAUUUGUGUUUGCUGAUCAACAACGAACCGAAUUGAAAUUAGAAUCUUUAGAAGAUGCUGUUGUGUUAGAAGAACCGGAUAGCGAUUGGUUACAUGACAAACGCGGAUGUCCCGCUUAUGUUAGUCCCGAAAUUUUAAAAGCUGGUGCUCAUUAUUCCGGGAAAGCUGCGGAUAUGUGGAGUCUCGGUGUGAUACUUUAUACCAUGUUAGUUGGAAGGUAUCCUUUCAAUGAUUCUGAGCAUGCGUCAUUAUUCGCCAAAAUUUCCAGAGGUCAUUUCGUCAUUCCCGAAUGCUUAUCCGCUAGAGCGAGGUGUUUAAUUAGAUCUUUACUUAGAAGGGAACCAUCUGAACGUAUCACUUCAGAAGAUAUUCUCUAUCACCCCUGGCUAGCGAAAGAAGACAAAGAUUGGUCUUCGAGAGCCUGUGAUCAAUUAGUGCCGGAAUGUAGUCUUUAUGAUGAUUAAUUCAUAAAUUUUUUCUGUGAAAAAAUUGUGCAAAGUGCAAAUGUUGUGCUGUGUUUUUAGAAUAAUAUAAAAUGGUAAUCAAACUUAUAACAGAAGAUAUCGAUCGUGAUAAGUAGGUAUUAAUUAAUUAAAAAAAAAAAAUAAUUUUUAGUGCCACAACUUUUAAUAAAUGAAAUUCCAGUAUUCGAAACGAUAAAUUCAUUUUCAGUUCUUUUGUUAUAAGUCCGUUUAUCAAUUCAAAAGCCAUUAUUAGCUCUAAGUUCAAUAAAUUGUGGUAUUGUUUUUAUUUCUUUGUUGAAUAUUUGUGUCACGCAAAAAAAUUCUUUCAAGUAUAUUUUUUUUAUUUAUUCUGUUAUCUAAUCUAAUAUUUGCUUUUUACUUGAAAAAACUUUUUUGAUGCGGGCAUAAUAUUGAUAUUAAAUUGUUUGUAGAUUUGUCGAUGAAUGAUUCCGUUUUUGCAAAUAUAGGUCAGCUGGGAGAACUGAAAGACGUUGUAUUGAUUUUCGUGAGCAUCACGUUAGGUUUAAUAUGUAAGACUGAAUAGUAUGUUUUCUAAUUAUUACUAUUAAUACUGCCACAUUAAAAAAGUACCCCCCAGUAACAUCUAAACUCGAUAUCCAAAGUAUUAGUCCACGUUAUUAUUUCGUUUUUUAAUACAAUUUGUUUAAAUUUUUUUCGAAUAAUAACAACUGGGGUUUACCUCAUUUUUGGUCUUAAAAUAUCGAAAAAUUAAUAUUUACAAUAUUUUUUUUAUUUCGUUCAUUUUUCUGUGCAUUUUAGAUUAAAAUGAGACCAGAGUUUGAGAACCAAAAUUUCAACAGUUUUUUGGUUGAUAAAAAAUAAUAAUCAUAUUUUAAUGGUAUUUUUAAAAAUUACGAACUAAUUAAAUAAUUAUUUUUUACGCAACGUCAUACAGAAAGUAUGGGGAACCUAACCUAACAUGAAAUUUUUCAAUUAUUUGUAAAAAUUGUUUAAAUUAUUACAAUCGAAUGUUUUUUUUUUUCAAAAUCUCGUUUUUGUACGUACAGUUUUCGGAAACAAAUCUUGUAAUUUAUGGGUUUUGGAUUUUUAUUUGCCAAAAAAAAACUAUUUUGAAACUUAGGAUUCACUUUUAUCUAAAAUGCGCCGAAAAAAUGAACUAAAUGAAAAAAAAUUAUUGAAAAUAUCGAUUUUUAUGAUCAAAAAUAGGAUGGACUCCAUUUCCCAAUUAAAAUCCGAAUAAGUUAAAUUGAUAAUUUAAAUAAAAAAGCCAAAAGUCUCUAAUAAUUAUUUCAAAAUGAUUUUUUUAAAGGAUAUCAAAUUAUCAACAAAAAUUAUCAUUAUAAAAUUCAAAAAACGUUAAAUAGAUAGCAUGGGGCACCAAACCUAACUUAAAAAUUUUUUUGUACGGAAGCAAAUCGGGUAAUUUAUGGUUUUUGGAUUUUUUAUUUGCCAAAAUAAAAAACUGUUUUGAAACUUAGGACUCAAUUUUAUCUAAAAGGCGCCUAAAAAAUUAAUAAAAAGAAAAAAUAAAUUAUUGAAAAUAUCAAAUUUUCGUUAUUUUAAGAUCAAAAAUAGGAUGGACUCCACUAAUAAAAAUCGGAUAAGUUAAAUUGAUAAUUUAAAUAAAAAAGCUAAAAGUCUCUGAUGAUUCUUUAGAAACGAUUAUUUUUGAAGGAUAUCAGCUGAAUUAAAUAAUAAUAUCGAAUUUUUUUGAUGCAUUUAAGAUCAGAAAGGGACUAGAGCUUGAAAACCCAGAUUUCAAACUUUUUUUGUUGAUAAAAAAAUAAUAAUCAUAUUUUAAUGGUAUUUUUAUUUUUGUUAAAAAAAUAAAAUUACGAACUAAUUAAAUCAUUAUGAAAUUCACGCAAAGCUAAAAAGAAAGCAUGGGGAAUCUAAUCUAACCUAAAAAUUUUUCAAUUAUCAAUUUUAUAUAAAAUGCGCCGAAAAAAUGAACGAAAUGAGAAAAAAAUUAUUGAAAAUAUCAAUUUUUCGAUAUUUUUUGUCCAAAAAAAACCGAAUAGUGAUUAUUUCGAAACGAGUUUUUUAAAGGAUAUCAGCUGAAUCGUAUAAUCAUAGAGAAUCAUCUCCCAUUCUUCUACCGCUGCCUCUUGAAGUUCAAAAACCGUGGUAGGUGCUGGAUUUCGAGUUUGGAUGCUUAAAAAUUAUAAUUUUUCCAAUAUUUAAACACCAUUUAGUUCUAAUUUUGUAUUAUCAGUUUUAGAUAUUGCGAAACAUAAAAAUAUAUAUUUUUACAUAAACCUCGUAUACUAUUUAAAAAAAAAUAUGUCUGAUGAUAGUGUUUCAGAGUUUAAAAUACGCAGAACUUUUCAUUUGAACACAAUAACAAAAUAGUACUGGAAUUUUAAAAUAGAAUGUGCCUUUUUUAGAAAUCGAUUUAAAUUCUUUAUUAUAAAAUCAAACUUUUUAUGUACUAAAAAAACAUACAUAUCAAAUCAAGAUAUAUUGAUUGAUAACAUAAAAAAAUCGUCACUUUAUUGAGCUAGAAUCAAUAGAUUAUGAUUGAUACCAAUAAUUGUUUUGUUAACAUUAUUUAUUUAUAAAAAAUAAACGCCUUCGUGAUGCGUGUUGUAUUGUGAUCUCGGUCAAAACUAUUGGCCUCACUGUAUAUUUUGAACUGAACCUGUACAUAAAAUUCGUUGUAUAUUACGUUUUUAAUUUAUAUUUAACAUUAGUUGGUAUAUGUAUAUCUCGUUGUAUAUCAGUGUACAUAGCUUCGCAUCUGUGAGGUAAAAGUUCAUGGGUGGUAUAUAUGAUGUUGUCCAUAUUAAUUAAAAAAAAUCAUUUUUAC